AUGCCCACCAGAUUCAGGGGAAUUGACAGGCCAUCCAUAGAGGACCGAAUAUUCACCAAUGAAGAAUUAAUGGUCAAGAAAGUAAUACCCGAUAUUCCUUUGGGCCGCUGUGAUCAUGCGACGCUAUUGUUUCAUUACGUGUGCUACGCGGAUUAUCCUAAAAAGCAUGCCGAGGAAUAUCGUGUCAUAACCAAAUAUGAAGACUUGUCCGACCUCCUUGAUGCAACCACCUGGUCAUUCUUAGCUGAAUUAACCCUUGAGGUGGCCUGUGGUGAAUUCGUCAACAAAUUUACCAAGCUCGUGGCAAAGACAUCUGAAAUUAAACGCUACCGGACUAAAAGAAUGAAGUAUUUCUUAAAGAGCAGGACAUGUAAAUGCAUGGCAUUAAGGGACUUGGCAUGGCACAAAUAUAUAACCUCCCUGAACGACUACACCUGGGAUAUCUACACAAUACACAGGGACAAUUGUGUCAAACGCGUCCGGGAAAAUAAACUUAAGAACCAACAAGAUCUAAUGAAAAAGUUCUGCUCCAAACUCAAACUGCUGUACAGGCACGUAAACAAUUUGCGCAGUGCUAAGCGCGGUAUACCUGCUUUGCAUACGGCUUGCUGGUUAGCCUAUACCGCAAAAGAGGCAAUCAAAGUCCUUGGACAACAAUUUGGCCGUGCCUUCCAGAACGCGCAAUCAUCAUACAUCCUGCCUAAGAAGAUAACGCCGCCAUCAGGGCUUAAGCACAUACCGUUCACCUACGCAGCUGUACUGGAGAGGCUGAUGUCUCUGCGCGAGUUCAGCUCCCCGGGUGCGGACCGCAUUCGCCCGAAGGCGUUUAAAGUUGCCGCCAUGAAUUUUGCAGGACCACUAGCAAUUUUCUUUUAA